AUGUUUCUGCGAGGGAUAGACAAGACAUACCUGGCUAUUUUGUUACUCUUCAUUAUACUUAUUUCCAGCUUCGGCGGCCCCUUUACUUCCUCCCAGCCAAAAACAGGCGUGGUGGGAGACUUGGUUUAUCGAGCCGCCAGGCACAACGGCAGCAUUCACGCUUCUUCUUCUUCUGGUGUCGAACUGGGCGAUGUCGUUGAAAGCCACGAUACCAGUCCAACACACGGACUCUUCAACUUCUACUCGGAACCUUGGGACCCGCCUGGAGUUUCGGGGCUGAACGACGACAGACUGAAGGUCAUUGAGCCGUAUAUGAAAGCCAUUACGGAUCCCGGUGACGGUCGGUUUCCACGCCUACGGUGUCCGCUGCCGAUCAAAGAACGUUAUAAGAUCUUGCGCCGCCGUCGCAGUCUCGCGACGAGAUGGGAUACGCCACCCAGAAGAUGGUUCUUCGCACUCGAUCUCCAGCAAUGCGCUCCCCUCUUGCCGCGCUUGCUGGCAUCGGUUGUGGAGACGAUCCGCAUACUCCGGCCACAGGACUGUGCCUUGUCCAUUGUUGCUCGCCCUUCCAACGAUGGUACGUUGGAGAUUUUGGAAAGAAUCCGGGAGGAAAUGGGGACGCUGAACGUAUCGUAUUACUUCAGCACAAGCGACAUUGACCCGUACAAAGAGGGCAGCGACUAUAUCACUGAAUGGGCCACUCUGAGAAAUCUAGCACUCGACCCACUGGUGCGGCAGCCGGAGCUUUACGAUCCUGACACAACGGUUGUAUUCUUGAACGAUGUGGCCAUCUGCACGGAUGACAUUCUAGAACUCAUCUAUCAAAAGGCGAGUCUUUGCGUCUAUCAAAAUGCUGACAUGGUCUGUGGCAUGGACUGGGCCAACCAGGGAGAGACCUUUAACGACGUAGGAGCGUCCCGUGGUAUGACAGGUGACAUGUUUGUCAACACGCCCCGAGAUGGCAGUGCGGACCCCAACAAUACAAUGUUCCGCCACGAUCCUAGAACGAAGACACGAUUCGAGGCGAGAUUGCCUUUCCAGGUCUAUUCAUGUUGGAACGGCGGCGCAGUCUUCACAGCCAAGCCCCUACUGCGGGAGAACAUCACAUUCCGCGCCUCGCGUCCCGACGAAUGCCACAUGGGCGAACCUCUGCUCCUGUGCAAGGACUUCUGGAAGUACGGGUACGGACGGAUCGCGGUGGUGCCGAGCGUCAACGUCGGGUACAACGACGACGAGUCGCGGCAGACCAAGAAGAGGUACGGCUUCGCCACGGAGAUUGUGCAGCGGGUCGAGCAGGACGUCGACGUCCGGGCCCUCCGAAACAGCAAGAUCCGGUGGCAGGCCACGCCGCCCAAGAACGUCAAGUGCGAGACGGACUUUUCGCACCCGACCGAGGACGAGCUGGACGAGUCCAAGAAAGCUGCCGCCGCCGAGGGCGAAGCGAAUUCUGCGGGGUCGUCCGACGACACGGACAAGGAGCAGCACCACAUGAUCUUCGAGGACGGCGGUGGUCCUGACUUGUAA